AUGGUAAGCAAGUUCCUAAAGAAGCACAUCUUUACUUGUAUUGGAACUCCCAAGGCAAUUAUAAGUGAUGGAGAAUCACAUUUUACCAAUCAAACAGUGAAGAACCUAUUGACUAAAUUUGGGGUACGCCACAAGGUGGCCACAGUUUAUCAUCCACAAACCAUUGGACAGGUAGAAGUCUCUAAUAGGGAAGUUAAGCAAAUUCUGCAAAAGACUGUCAAUGCACAAUGGAAGGAUUGGGCAGAAAAGCUAGAUGAGGCAUUAUGGGCAUAUAGAACUGCGCUAGCAGGAUGGAAGAGGUUACAUCAGUUGCAUGAGUUAGAAGAAUUUAGGCUCCACGCCUAUAAAAACGCCAAGCUUUACAAGGAGAAAACCAAGCGAUGGCAUGAUAAGCACAUCAUCACUCAUACUUUUGAACCAGGACAAAAGGUACUCUUCUUUAACUCUAGACUUAAGCUUUUUUCAGGAAAGUUGCAGUUCAAAUGGAGUGGACCUUUCGAAGUUGUGCGUAUGACACCACAUGGAGGUGUAGAAAUGUGGAAUGCAAUAAAGACGUCCACAUUUUUGGUUAAUGGACAAAGGGUUAAGCAUUACUUUGGGAAGGAUGUUGAUCGUUAG